AUGAGUUGCUUCGGAACGGUGGAUUGCCAAACAGUUCAAAGUGAACUUGCGAGGAACUGUAGAAGUGAACGUGAAGUGUACUGGGAGCUUGCUCGUAGACACCGCCUGGCGCUCGACGACGACACUCAUCGCAUAUCGGUGGAUACAGCAAUAAUGUUCGACGCUGAAAAAUUCACUGGUUCAAGGAAUUUGCAAUUACUACAGCAAAAUUCAUUCAUUUUGAGCAGUUAG